CGGCGAGCCGGCAGCCCGCCCACACGGCCCCUGCAGGACCCCGCAGCCCCGCGCCCCGCGCAGCCACCGCGCCACGGCCGCGUCUUUCCUCUCGCAAGGCCCUUCCGCCAACCAGGACCCCGUCCAGGCUCCCCGCGCGCACCCACGUUCGUCGUGUGCCGUUUACUGUGUUUUCGCGUCGUCGUGUUUCGAAAGUUUGCCGCGUGUCUGUCUGGCUCUUGCACCUCGCGGACCGUGCCGGAGCACGAGGCUCCUCGGGAUAUGGUCCGAGCCGACGACGGGGAAUGCCCGAGCAGUGCGUGUGGAUAUCGUCUCAGCUGAGUCUCCUCAACAGCGGUCGAGACGGCGGCGACAUCCGAGCCGGUGCCGCAGAGCGCCGCCGCCACCGCCGCAGGCCGCCGGCGGCAGACAUCGCCAGGACAGCGGUGCUGGCGCAAACUCUUCCAUGAAUCGAUAAAGCGGGCGGCGGCCAUGCGGGGCGAGGGCGGCGCGGAGGUGCCGCUGCUGUUUCUGCUGCUGCUGCUGCUGCUGGCCGUCUCUGGCUGCCUGGGCGCGCUGGAGGGCCACGGGCCGGUGGUGGAGGUGGAGCCGCCCUCGCGGGUGCACUUCUCCAACAGCAGCGGGGGGCGGCUCGACUGCCGCGGGGGCGGGUCGCCGCCCCCGGCCGUGCAGUGGACGCUCUCGGACGGCAGCGCCGCGCCCACCGUGUCCGGCCUCCGCUACCAGAUGGCCAACGGCUCGCUCGUCUUCCCGCCCUUCGCCGCCGCCGACUUCCGCCCCGACGUGCACCGCGCCUCGUACCGCUGCGUGCUCUCGUCCGCCCUGGGCCGCGCCAUCACCAGGGACGUGCGCCUCACCGCAGGUAACCUAACGCACUCAACUGCCUCAAUAGUGUUUAUUUUUUUGCAAAAAAAUGCAAAUAUUGUUUUGCAAAAAUUUGCAAAUUUCGUUUUGCAAAAAUUUGCAAAUGUUGUUUUGCAAAAAAUUGCACAUUUUGUUUUGCAAAAAUAUGCAAAUUCUGUAUUGCAAAGAAAAACUUUGCUUUCACUUUUUUUGCGAAAAGAAAAUGCAAAUUUUGUUAUUUCAAAAAGAAAAUUUAAAUUCAAAAAAAUCGGAAAUUCUUUUUCCACGGCUUUCAGUGGGAAAGUUUAA